UUUCAAACAGGAUCAAAACUUUUUAUUCGUAGAAAGUUCUCUGGACUUUAAUGAAGAAGAAAAAAAGGAUGCUCUGUUUCUGCCACCGAUUGUUCAUUUAAAAAAAAAAAAAAUCUUGUCACCUCCUUAUCCUCCUCAAGAAACUGCUUUUCUGUUUCGGAGUUCAGAGAAAGAAGAGAGCACCCCCCCUUUAAAGAUGCUUUGAGCCCCUUCCGUCUGACUUUGUGAAAGUGCGAGAGGGGAGAGUGGAAGAAGAAAAAAACAUCUUCACAGGGCUUCGAGAAAUUCAUCUUUCGUCUUAACAGCAGAGAGGGCUUAUUGGAGAGCGAAGAGGUCGGUUUGAGAGAUGGCUGGAUGUUGUGUGUCGGCGGAGGAGAGAGAGAACCAGAGGAUCAAUGAGGAGAUCGAGAAGCAGCUCCGGAGAGACAAGAAGGACUCGCGAAGGGAGCUGAAGCUGCUGCUGCUAGGUACUGGAGAGAGUGGGAAAAGCACCUUCAUCAAACAAAUGAGGAUUAUCCACGGAGGAGGAUACACAGCUGAGGACAAGAGGAGCUACGCCAAACUGGUCUACCAGAACAUCUACACGUCCAUGCAGACCAUGAUCCGAGCCAUGGAGACACUUAAUAUAUCUUUCUCUGAUCCCCAGAACCAGAACCAUGCAAAUGCAGUUCUGGAGGUGGAGGUGGAUAAGGUGGAGGAGUUAGAUCAAAGCCUCGCUAUGGCUAUCAAGAGUCUGUGGGACGAUGGAGGAAUACAGGAGUGCUACGACCGACGCAGGGAGUACCAGCUGUCAGACUCCACCAAAUACUAUCUAACCGACCUGGAACGAAUUUCACAGCCCUCUUAUGUACCCGACCUUCAGGACAUCCUCCGAGUCCGAGUGCCAACCACGGGUAUUAUUGAAUACCCGUUCGACAUGGAGAAUGUCAUUUUCAGGAUGGUGGAUGUGGGGGGUCAGAGGUCAGAGCGGAGGAAGUGGAUCCACUGCUUUGAGAACGUCACCUCCAUUAUCUUCCUGGUGGCGCUCAGCGAGUACGACCAGGUCCUGGCUGAGUGCGACAACGAGAACCGUAUGGAGGAGAGCAAGGCUCUGUUCAAAACCAUCAUCACCUACCCCUGGUUCCAGCGCUCUUCUAUCAUACUUUUCCUCAACAAGACCGACAUUCUCAAGGAGAAGAUCAUGUACUCUCACUUAGCCACUUACUUCCCUGAAUUUACAGGACCUCAGCAGGAUCCUACAGCAGCUCAAGAAUUCAUUCUGAAAAUGUACCAAGAACAAAACCCAGACAAAGACAAGACGCUGUACCCUCACUUCACCUGCGCCACAGACACGGAAAACAUCCGCUUCGUCUUUGUGGCCGUCAAAGACACCAUCCUCAGACACAACCUGAAGGAGUUCAAUCUGGUGUAAAAAAUGGAGGAGGACAGGAGAGGAGGUAACAGGAUACAGGAGGAUUGAAGACAUGACGAGAGCCAAAAUAGGUGAAUUACACAAAACUAAUAAACAAAAAAAACUUUUUAGACUAGAACAUUUUAAUUUCAAACAAGCCACAUCUUAAGUGCCUGUACAAAUCCAGCCAAAGAGAAUAUGAACAUGUUAACCCAAACUCCUAAUCUUUACUGUAAAAUGCUGUGAUAUGCUGUGAAUGAUACUUUCCGAUAGAAGUGAGAAUGUGUAAUUCAGUGGAAAGUUAUAUCAUAGACCCAUUGUGUGGACUAUAUAUUUUAUUAUUUCCUAGAUCCUAUUUCUGUGUAUAUUUUAGUGCUUUGACUGAUACACUGUGCAACAGUUGGUACAAGUUCCCCUUAGCCCUGUUUUGUGAUUUAAUAUUGUAUAGAAAUAGCUGUCAUUUUUCAGAUUUCUUCUUACACUGAGCCACCUGUGUUUGCUUUUGCCUGCAAGUGCCUUAUUUACUCAGGAGAGUCAGCAGAGCUACUGAGCUUAUCUUGUUUUAGAUGUAAAUAAUCUGAGUCCUGCUUUGAAAAACCCUAACUUGACUAUUUCACCUCAAGAGAGAUGGGAAUUAUAUUUAUGUAAUGUAAUUUUCAAUAAGCAAUUAUAGUUAUGUAAUAAAGAGUGCAAUUUGCGUGUUUGGGAUUUUCUGAGUACAUGAAAUAAAGGAAGAGAGCA